AUGGAGGAAUUCAUUGAUCUGUCUGGCGAUGGAGGCGUACAGAAACGAAUUCUGCAGGAGGGUACCGGUGACGAAACGCCCUCCAAAGGAUGCACAGUCUCGCUGCACUAUACCGGCACACUGGAUGCUGAUGGUAAGAAGUUCGACUCGAGCCGCGAUCGCAACGAACCGUUCCAGUUCACGCUCGGUCAGGGGUCGGUCAUAAAGGCGUUCGAUAUGGGCGUCGCGUCGAUGAAGCUAGGCGAACGGUGCAUUCUCAAGUGUGCCCCGGACUACGCGUAUGGAAGCUCGGGUAGCCCACCAAACAUUCCGCCGAACGCAACGCUUAACUUUGAGCUGGAAAUUCUCGGUUGGAAGGGCGAAGAUCUGAGCCCCAAGUCGGAUGGGGGCAUCCGGAGGUUCAUUAUAAGCUCCGGCACGGGUAAAAAGAAGCCAAACUCGGGCGGUAUGGUGAAGAUCCAUCUCGUCGGCCGGCACGAAGGACGCGUGUUCGAAGAUCGCCACGUUGAGUUUGCGAUCGACGAGGGCAAGGAGGUGGGUGUCGUGUCCGGGGUCGAGAUCGCGUUAGAAAAGUUUCACAAGGAGGAGACGAGCCGACUCAUCCUUAAGCCACAGCAUGCAUUCGGUGCCGAAGGCAACAGCGAGCUGGGAGUGCCGGGAAAUGCUACCGUCGAGUACACCGUUACGCUAAACGACUUCGAGUGCCUCGCCAAUCGCUCGAUGUUGUCGCAGGCCGAAACGCUGGCGCAGGGAAAACUGCUGCGGGAGAAGGGCACCAAGUAUCUGAAGGAGAACAAGCCCGAGCUGGCGCUCAAGAUGUACGAACGAGCGCUCACAUAUUUGUACGAUAAAACGGAAGAAGUCCAAGCCAUCCAGCUGGCGAUUUAUCUGAACAAGAUUCUGUGCCACCAGUUACUGAACGAUAACGACGAAGCCAAGGUUGCGUGCAUAGAAGCGUUGAAGCUGGACAGCAAAAACGUGAAAGCCUUUUACAGGCGUGGCAUGUCGAAUCUCGCCCUAGGAGAUCUCGACCGGGCUCUACAAGAUUUCUCAACCGUGCUCGACAUUGAGCCGGACAACAAGGCUGCCCUGAACCAGGUGACGAUUUGCAAACACAAGAUCAAGGCGUACAAUGAUCAGCAGAAGAAGGUGUUUGCCAACAUGUUCACCAAAUUCGCACAAAGCGACUCCAAGAAGGCACAGGAAGAGCAGAGCCGCCAGCCGGACGUGAUGAAGCAGAAGUUUGGCGAGUGGGGCGACGAUGAGCGUGAACAUGAGCCGACUCGCUUCGAGCAGGAAAAUCCCGAUGUAAUUCUGCUAAACGAUCUGCACAAGCAGUUUCGCAACAUGUAAAAGGCCAUCACGCGGCCACAACCAGGAGCAGCAGCGGCAGUCAGUCACCACAGCAAGCAAGCAACACUGCUAACAGCGCUUGGGCUCGAACAUUUUAUUUUAGCAUAGGCGGAGUGUAUCGAUAACGAGUUAGGGGUUUGGGAGCAUAACACCUCUAUUGGCCUUUCUCUAUUCGAUAGCAGAGAACUCACAUUUCCACAUUUGAUACGUAUGUUCGGUUAAUGAUCAAUUGUUUAAAGAAAAUUUUCGCGAAAAGGAAAGUAAUUACAUAAGUUUUGCUUCUUAGAGGGCUAGGCUCUUACUAAAUGCGUGUGCGUAAAACAGAAGGUAAACAGAAAAUCAAAACCAUGUUUGCAGAGUGCUUUCAAUAAAAAUGGA